CAUGGGGCAUGGAGGAGAAGGCUGCGGCCGGCGCGGGCUGCCGGGAACCGCCGGGCCCCCCGAGGGCCGCCGCCGUCCCGUGCUUCGGCAUAUCCGUGGACCAGGACGACAUCCUCCCCGGCGCCCUGCGCCUCAUCCGGGAGCUGCGGCCACAUUGGAAGCCCCAGCAAGUUCGGACCAAGCGCUUCACUGAUGGCAUUACCAACAAGCUGGUGGCCUGCUACGUGGAGGAGGACAUGCGGGACUGUGUGCUGGUCCGGGUGUACGGGGAGCGGACAGAGCUGCUGGUGGACCGGGAGAAUGAGGUCAGGAACUUCCAGCUGCUGCGAGCACAUGGCUGUGCCCCCAAACUCUACUGCACCUUCCAGAAUGGGCUGUGCUACGAGUACAUGAGGGGCAUGGCCCUGGGACCAGAGCACAUCCGUGAGCCCCGGCUCUUCAGCCUUUCUGCAGAUGUCCCUAAGGUCGAGGUGCUGGAACGGGAGCUGGCCUGGCUGAAGGAGCACCUGCCUCAGUUGGACUCCCCUGUGGUGUUUUGCCACAAUGACCUGCUCUGCAAGAACAUCAUCUACGACAGCACCAAAGGUCAUGUACGGUUCAUUGACUAUGAAUAUGCCGGCUAUAACUACCAAGCUUUUGACAUUGGCAACCAUUUCAAUGAGUUUGCAGGUGUGAAUGAGGUCGAUUACUGCCGGUACCCAGCGCGGGAGACCCAGCUGCAGUGGCUGCGCUACUACCUGCAGGCACAGAAGGGGAUGGCUGUGACCCCCAGGGAGGUGGAGAGGCUCUAUGUGCAAGUCAACAAGUUUGCCCUGGCGUCUCACUUCUUCUGGGCACUCUGGGCCCUCAUCCAGAGCCAGUUCUCCACCAUCGACUUUAAUUUCCUCAGGUAUGCAGUGAUCCGAUUCAACCAGUAUUUCAAGGUGAAGCCUCAAGUGUCGGCCUUGGAGAUGCCAAAGUGACCAGCGUUCCCAUCCCUCCCCUCCCAUCUGCCUGGCCAGACCUGUUCUCCAGGGCUCCAUUCUGCUCUGGGGUCUUCACCUUUGGACAAGGUGGGCGAGGGGACAGGUGGGUGUCCCAGGAGAAGGCUCUGCCCCUGUCGCCAGCCCCCAGUGAUGCUUCUGGUGACCAUUCUUGUUUGGAGGGGCUGAUAGGCCCCAGCUCUGGGGGUCCUCUUCACCUUGCCAGACUGGGUGGUGGGGAGUGCCUGCAGCCUGCCAGGGCUCAGACCACAACCACCCUGGAAAGGCUGGCGUUCCCAGCCCCAGGCCAUCCUGGCAUCUGGGCCGCCUUAGAUGUGUCUAUGACCUUCCUGGC